AUGGGAGUUGAGUUCUCUGAGAUGGAGAGAGCUCAGUUGGAAGAACGGCGACAUGCCCAGGGACAGGAGCAUGCUCAAGAUACCCUCUCACAUGGUAAUGAAGACAUAGUGUCAUUCUGUUCUCUUGGCGGAGGCGUGAAAACAUCAGCUGCUCUUCCAGUCCAGUCUGCAGUUUCCUUUGAGGAGGUGGCUGUGUAUUUCACGGAGUCAGAGUGGGCCCUGCUACAUCCGAACCAAAGAGCUCUCUGCAGGGAAGUCAUGCUGGAGAAUUACAGCAGUGUGGCCUGUCUGGCUGGAGAUGAGCAGUGGAAUAAGAAGGAUGAGGGAGUGCAUCGGCUAUUGUCAGGUAAAAUCAAGAAGGGAGAUUUGAAAGGAAGCAUCAAGAAUCAAGACAGACCGAAGAGGCAGAAAAGAAGUCAUGUGGAAAAACCUUUUCAGUGCUCAGAGUGUGGAAAGAGAUUCAAUCAGAGAGGACAUCUUCAACAGCAUCAAAGAACCCACACAGCAGAGAAACCAUUUGAAUGCUCAGAGUGUGGAAAGAGAUUCAGUCAGAGUAGCGGUCUUCAACAUCAUGUAAGAACUCACACAAAUGAGAGACCAUUUGAAUGCUCAGAAUGUGGGAAAAGAUUCAGUCUCAGUGGGAAUCUUCAACAGCAUCAAAGAACCCACACGGGGGCAAAACCUUUCGAAUGCUCAGACUGCGGAAAAAGAUUCAGUCACAGUAGCAAUCUUGCACGGCAUCUAACAGUGCACACAAAGGAGAGACCUUUUGAAUGCUUGGAGUGUGGAAAGAGUUUCACUCAAGCUAAUUCACUUCAACAGCAUCAAAGAACCCAUACUGGGGAGAAACCAUUUGAAUGCUCAGAGUGUGAACGGAGAUUCCGUCACAGUAGCGGUCUCCGACAUCAUCAAAGAACUCACACAAAGGAGAGACCUUUUGGAUGCUCAGAGUGUGGAAAGAGAUUCAGACAGAGUAGCCAUCUUCAACAGCAUCAAAGAACCCAUACAGGGGAGAAACCUUUUGAAUGUUCAGAGUGUGAAAAGAGAUUCAAUCACAGAGGCAGUCUUCUGCAGCAUCAAAGAACUCACACAGGGGAGAAACCUUUUGAAUGCUCAGAGUGUGAGUGUGGAAAGAGAUUCAGUCACAGUAGCAGUCUUCAACAGCAUCAAAGAACUCACACAGGGGAGAAACCUUUUGAAUGUUUAGAGUGUGGAAAGAGAUUCCGUCACAAUAGCCAUCUUCAUACUCAUAAAAGAACACAUACAGGGGAGAAACAUUUUGAAUGCUCAGUGUGUAGAAAGAGAUUCAGUCAGAGUGGCCAUCUUCAAAAGCAUCAAAGAACUCAUACAGGGGAGAAACCUUUUGAGUGCUCAGAGUGUGGAAAGAGAUUCAGUCAUAGUAGCAGUCUUCAACUGCAUCAAAGAACGCACACGGGAGAAAAACCUUUUGAAUGCUCUGAGUGUGGAAAGAGAUUCUGUCAAAGGGGUCAUCUUUAUGAACAUAAAAGAACCCAUACGGGAGAGAAACGUUUUGAAUGCUUGGAGUGUAGAAAGAGAUUUUGUCAACGGGGUCAGCUUCAACAGCAUGAAAGAACCCACACUGGAGAGAAACCUUUUGAAUGCGCAGAGUGUGGAAAGAGAUUCUGCCAAAGGGGCCAUCUUCACGCACAUAAAAGAACCCAUACAGGGGAGAAACCUUUCGAAUGCUUAGAGUGUGGAAGAAGAUUCAGUGACAGCAGCACUAUUCAAAAACAUCAAAGGACCCAUACCGGGGAGAAACCUUUUGAAUGCUCAGAGUGUGGAAGAAGAUUUAGUGACAAUAGCAGUCUUCAAAAACAUCAAACAACCCACACAGGGGAGAAACGGUUUGAAUGUCUCGAGUGUGGGAAGAGAUUCAGUCACAAUAGUGGUCUUCAAAAGCAUCGAAGAAUCCACACAGGGGAGAAACUUUUUGAAUGUGUGGAGUGUGGAAAGAGAUUCUGUCAAUGGGGUCAUCUUGACACACAUAAAAGAACCCAUACAGGGGAGAAACCGUUUGAAUGCUCUGAGUGUGGAAAGAGAUUCAGUCACAGUCGUAGUCUUCAAACACAUCAAAGGACCCAUACCGGGGAGAAACCUUUUGAAUGUUCAGAGUGUGGAAAGAGAUUUCGUCACAGUGGCAAUCUUCAUGCACAUAAAAGAACCCAUACGGGGGAGAAACCUUUUGAAUGUUCCGAGUGCAGAAAGAGAUUCAGUCAGAGGGGCAGCCUUCAAACACAUCAAAGAACACACUCAGGGGAGAAACCUUUUAAAUGCUCAGAGUGUGGAAAAAGAUUCAGUGACAGUAGCAGUCUUCAGAGACAUCAAAGGACCCACACAGGGGAGAAACCUUUUCAAUGCUCAGAGUGUGGUAAGAAAUUCCGUUACAGCAGCUAUGUUCUCAAACAUCAAAGGACCCACACAGGGGAGAAACCUUAUGAAUGCUCAGAGUGUGGAAAGAGAUUCAGUCAGAGUAGCAAUCUUCAAAAACAUCAAAGGACCCAUGUAGGGGAGAAACAUUUUGAAUGCACAGCAUGUAAAAAGAGAUUCACUAACCGUAGUAGUCUUCAAAAACAUCAAAGAUCUCACACAGGGAAAAAAUGUUUUGAAUGAUCCGACUGUGGAAAGAGAUUGUCAGGGUGACCAUUUUGCACAGCUUGUAAGAACCCACAAAUAGGAUAAACAUUAAGCUUUACAUACUGAAGUGGACCUCUUCUGAUAUGACCCUUCUUAGAAGGCUGUUAUUAUGAGAAUUCUUCAGUUACAACCUUCCCCAUUCUAGAUAAAAUCAGCCAAAAUUGUAAAAAUGUAUAAAUGUAAAAAAACUGGUUAACAGAAAGACACUAAAUUCAGUACAGAAAAUUUAGUUUAAAAAAAACUUAAACAUUGCCCUCCUGGUUCCCUCAAGUUCAUGCCGCACAUAGUGGCAAGCUGCACUACUGCAGAACUGGAAAUGAAGAAGAGGUCUUUUCUGAUACCACCACCUCUUUCCCUUUUAACCAACUAAUUCCAUUAGGUACACAAUCAAAUUCUCAUGCAGUCUCUUUAACGUAAUCCUUCAUGUGGCAUCAAUAUUGUAGAUUUUGAAUCCAUGAGUAUAACAUUAGUUUGCAAUAUCUGAAAAUCUUGCACUUGCUGGUCCUGGAAUUACAUUCCUCCACCAUCUUCACUGACCGGAGUUCUGGGUGACCUUAUUCUGAAGUUCCUAGUAUCUGUCAGACCAACACCUCUCCCUACUGAUUACGUUAUCCAAAUAAAUUUUUCCUUCAUCCUCAGACAUCUCUGACCCACAUUGAAUACUGAACAGCCACUGCAUGCUUGAAUUUCUGGGCACCAUUCUCUGCUAAAGCCCCACUCCAGAGUCUGAUCUGUCAACUAGCAGGCUAACACUUUUACUCUUUGGCUACCUUAUGAAAGACUAAUAUUCUACCAACUGCUUGGUUACCAAAGUAUUUAAUGUAAAAAAAUCCCAGGCUACUGAAUUAAUAGAGAAUGCACUGCACCAUGGCCUACUCAUGCACAAGCCUUGGGUCACAUUGCCAUCGUGUCAGAGAACCUGAGACACAGGAAUCCUUUCUGGGCUGUUGUGAAGCCAUUCAGCCAAUAAAUGUUGGGGUUACCAAAGCCUGAGAUCAUGAAUAAAACAGAAUGAAACAGAUUUGUUUAAAAUAACACAAAUUUAUUAAGGUACUUGAAAAAAGGAAGACAAAGCAGGUGCAAUCUCUAAAAAUACAGCAACAGAAAAAUAAUAACAUUCAGUUUGCCUAAUACUGACUUCGAUAAUAGAUAGUUCUACCAUCCAGUCCAAUCAGGAAACAAACCUUGCCAUAGCGAAGAGUCAAGGCAACGGUACAUUCAUCAGGAUAGUAACUUGGAGCUACAGGCUUGACCUUGAGGAAAUUUGGGUAGCUAUACCUGCAGCGUGUACAAAUUGGAAGAGAAGGUCCAGCAACUUGAGGCGCAAGUAUCUACUCUUCAGCCUGUGAAGAAAAAUGAAGAUUUCCUGGACAGAGUGGAGCAGAUGAUACUGCGCGGAGAACACACCAGGGAUCUCUCUGAAGAGGACAGCAGCUCUCAAACACAGGAGGUGGGCAAUUGCAGGAAUGUGACACAUAGAAAUAGAGGGACCAGGAAGUAUUCUGUUAGUUUGAAGCUACAGAAUCGAUUUGAAGUUCUCUCCCUUGUCAGUGAAGAUAAGGAACAGGCACAGGAGCAACAGUCAGCCCUUGGAGAAUGUGCAAGUGGUAGAAGGUUCAGCAUAUGGAAUGGCUUCUGCAAAACCCCAGAGAAGAUGUGUGGUGGUGUUAGGGGUCUCCCUGCUGAGGGGAACAGAAGCAGUGAUUUACAGGUCUGACAAGAUGUCUCUAGAGGUGUGCUGUCUCACUGAAGCAAAAAUUCAUCAUGCCUCUGAGAGGCUGACAAAAAUUGUCAAGUCCACUGACAGUUAUCCCUUUCUUUUGAUCCAUGUGGGAACAAAUGACACUGCAAGAUGUAGCUUUUGGGACAUCACAAGGGUUUUUGAGGCUCUGGGAAGAAUGCUGAAGGAUAUGGAUGCACAGAGCAUCAAUUUCUCUCUACUUUCCGUUGGAGGACAGGACCCAGGGAGGGAAAAAGAAUACUGGAGGUGAACAACUAACUAGCCUUUCAGGUGGUGCUGAUGGGAAUGUUUUGGCUUCUUGGACCAUGGUCUGCGGUAUCAUGAAGAUGGACUACUGGCUAGGGAUGGGUUGCACCUCACUUUUGUAGGUAGCAACAUUAUCAGGAGUUAUGUGGGGGAGGGAAACAGUAUUCAAGGGGGCAGGAGUUCAUCAAGUGCAGAUAAUAUUCUGAAGGUUAUAGAGAGAAUUGGGUGAAUAGUUCAAGACCCAAACAAUGGGAGGGGGGGAAAAUUAAAUAAGCAGCUACGGGCAAUGAAUCAUGGGCUUAGAUCUCUAUACUAGCACACAAAGCAUGGAAAAUAAACAAACUUGAGCUCUUGACGCAGCAAGGCAAAUAUGAUAUAAUAGGCAACAAUGAAACCUGGUGGGAUGAGUCUCAUGAUUGGAAUGUAAUAAUUGAGGGAUAUAACCUAUUUCAGAGAAUUAGACUAACCAGGAAAGAAGGAGGAGUAGCAUUGUACAUCAAGGAAGAUUACACCUGUGAGCAGAUCCAUGACUUAAAUCAUGGAAGCCAGGUUGAGAGCAUCUGGGUAAAAACUAAAGGGAAGCAAAAUAACAGUGAUCUAAUUAUGGGGUCUAUUAUAAACCAUCAGGCCAGACUGAACAGCUGGAUGGUGCCUUCCUGGAACAGAUGACCAAACAUUCAGAAAAGAGAGAAAUAGUAGUAAUGGGAGAUUUCAGUUAUCCUGAUAUUCUUCAGGGGUCAAACUGCCAAAACUAUAAGGUCCAACAAAUUCCUCACUUGCCUUGAAGACAAUUUCAUGGUACAGGAGGUAGCAGAGGCAACAAAGGGAUCAGCUAUUUUAGAUCUGUUCCUGACCAACAAUGUGACCUGAUUAGUGGAGUGGUAGGAUCCUUAGGUGGGAGUGACCAUGUUCUCCUGGAGUUUCUUAUAUGGUAGAAAAGGGAUGCCAAGCAUAGUCAGACACAUAUUCGAGACUUAAGAAAACUGAUUUAAAUAAACUGAGGACAAUACUGGGUGUGAUCCCAUGGUUAAGAAUUCUAAAAGAGAAGGGAGUGCAUGAUGGAUGGGAGUUUUUAAAUAGUGAGCUCUUGAGGGCACAAUUUCAAAAAGUUCCAAUGAGGAAGAAAAAUGGG